UAACGCGCACCACCAGUACACGGACGUUCGCACGGUGCACACGCGUUUAUUGUGUUACGGACGUUGUCGUUAUUAUUAUUCUUCCGGCACGGACCGCAGCGAACCGGCCCCGCUGUGCCCGCGCGCGUCAAAUCGUUUCACUACUGUCGCGUCGCUGACACUCGUGUGACUGCCGUCCGAGGAGAACGUUAACCGUACACGCCAAACGCCCAGCGCGCCGCAAGCACGCGACACACCAACAACACACCGGUCAGUGCGUUUCUACGCGCGAGCUUACGAGUGGUUCCGUCGUUUUUUCGAAAACCGACCGCGGUAAAACGGAUUUUCGCGCGCGACCAACAACCCGUCGAGUGCGCGCGCAACCGUCAAAGUUCUUCCCCGAGAUCGCCGGCAUGGACGACAAGGACAAGAUACGCAAGCUGUUCAGCUGGAGCUCUAGCCUGACAGAAGGGAACGAAGAAUCCGGCGGCGAUAAGGCGAUGAUUUCGUCCGGCGUGGUUAGUUCACCAGACCUAUUGGCCAUGGAGACCCGGAACGGUGGCAUGAGCGUCGGACUCGCGGAUGGAGGAGGCGGCAUCGUCAAUCCCGCGUUUCAACCGCCGUCGCUGCUCAGCCAACAGAGCACCGUAUGGACGCGCCGCCAGCAGGCCGUGUGCGUCCGGCACGCGUUCAAGCAGUACGGUUCGGCCAGCAAACCCAACCACGUGCUCAGCAACCUCAACAUGACCGUCGCCAAAGGCACAAUAUAUGGAUUGCUGGGAGCCAGUGGUUGCGGAAAGACCACAUUACUCAGCUGUAUCGUAGGACGGCGGCGUCUCAACAAUGGACAAAUUUUUGUGCUCGGUGGAAAACCUGGGACGAAAGGCAGCGGAGUGCCAGGAAAACGUGUCGGAUACAUGCCUCAGGAAAUAGCUCUGUACGGAGAGUUUUCUAUCAAGGAGACAAUGAUGUAUUUCGGUUGGAUAUUCGGUAUGGAAACGAGUGAAAUCGAUGAUCGACUGAAGUUCCUUUUGGAAUUUUUAGACUUGCCCAGUCAAUCUAGACUGGUGAAAAAUCUUAGUGGUGGUCAACAAAGAAGAGUUUCAUUUGCUGUGGCUCUUAUGCACGAUCCAGAACUUUUAAUUUUAGAUGAACCUACAGUUGGUGUAGAUCCAUUGUUACGUCAAAGUAUUUGGAGUCAUUUGGUUCAGUUGACAAAAGAUGGACACAAAACCGUUAUUAUCACUACACAUUACAUUGAAGAAGCCCGACAAGCCCACACUAUUGGCUUAAUGAGAAGCGGUAGGUUAUUGGCCGAGGAAUCUCCACGUGUAUUAUUGACGAAGUACAACUGCCAGUCAUUAGAGGAAGUAUUUUUAAAAUUGAGUAGAAGACAAGGGUCCGACGGACAACCGCAGGAAGCGCCAUUGAACAUAGCGAAUAACAUAUCUCUCGCCACGUUAAAUUGGGGUAAAAAAGAUGAACCAGUAUACGUUACCGAAGAGAGCGGUGUUGUGGGUUUAAACUUCCAUCAGUCCAAGGAGGUGCUCUCGCAAGAGACGAACGGCGUAAACGCUCAACUAGCAGAUAUGCAAAUGAUGGAACCAGAAUACGAUUCUAGUUGUUGUGAGAUCACAACUCGAGGAAAGACAAAGGCACUAUUGCAAAAGAACUUUUUGAGAAUGUGGAGAAAUGUAGGAGUGAUGUUGUUCAUAUUUGCGCUACCUGUGAUGCAAGUCAUUCUCUUCUGUUUGGCUAUCGGUAGAGAUCCGACAGGGUUACAUUUGGCUGUGGUCAACAAAGAAAUGGACUGGACAACAAUGGAAUGUCCGAUUUACGAAAACUGUACGCUAAGCAAGUUUUCGUGUAGGUACUUAAAUUCUCUACCGAAAGAGACUGUAAUCCUAGACUAUUAUGAUACCCCCGAAAAGGCUAUAGAUGCCGUCAAGAUCGGUGACGCGUGGGGAGCACUCUACUUCACAGAAAACUUUACCGACGCACUUGUCGCGCGAAUGGCGUUGGGCAGGGAAUCUGAUGAAGAAACAUUGGACCAGAGCGAAGUUCGGGUGUGGCUUGAUAUGUCGAACCAACAAAUCGGUUUGAUGUUGAACAGAGACUUGCAAUUGUCUUACAGAGACUUUGGACAAGGUCUUUUGGAGAGUUGUAAUCAGAAUCCAAAACUCGCCGACAUUCCGAUCCAAUUUAAAGAACCCAUAUACGGUAGCAGUGAUCCCAGUUUCACGGAUUUCGUAGCGCCAGGAGUUAUUUUAACCAUCGUUUUCUUCUUGGCCGUCGCUCUCACAUCUUCGGCGUUGAUUAUCGAACGAACCGAGGGUCUUUUGGAUAGAAGUUGGGUGGCCGGCGUCACCCCGUUGGAAAUAUUGUUCUCCCACGUCAUCACACAAUUCGUAGUCAUGUGCGGCCAAACAGCACUUGUACUCAUAUUCAUGAUUCUUGUUUUCGGAGUGGAAUGCAAAGGAGAUAUUACUUUAGUGAUUGCGCUUACGAUUUUGCAGGGUCUCUGUGGCAUGUGCUUCGGUUUCGUUAUAUCAGCAAUAUGUGAACUAGAGAGAAACGCUAUUCAAUUAGCCUUGGGAAGCUUUUAUCCAACACUUCUACUCAGUGGUGUCAUCUGGCCGGUGGAGGGCAUGCCCGUCCUGUUACGGUACGUCAGCUACUGCCUACCCCUGACCAUGGCCACGACCUCUUUGCGGAGCAUAUUGACCCGAGGAUGGAACCUGCUGGAACCCGAUGUGUACUUGGGCUUCGUUUCCACCAUAUCGUGGAUCGUGUUGUUCCUGUCCAUCAGCAUGGCCGUGCUAAAGUUCAAGCGCGGUUAAGUGCAUCACGUCUCUUCGCGUCGCAUACCCGUAAACUUCCGUCACCGUCUCCCACUCCUCCGCAUCCCACGUCUUUCCCCGUUUUCACAACCUUCCCCCAGAUUCAGGCCCUGAAUCCGGUUACCUGACAAUCGUCCAACCUAAUUAGCGGCAAGAGCGGAUUCGCGGAUAGCGAUCGACCGGAAACGGUGAACGAAGGAGAUGCAGGGGGAUCGUUCACGGACCGGAAACGCGUGCGAUAUCGCUGCCCACCCGUGACCCUCUUUUCUAUCCCCUUCCGUCCACGUGUCAAGACGAUAAAAUAUGAUUUAUAUAUAUAUAUAUAUAUAUAUAAAUAAAUAAUAAUAUUUGCUCAGUAUAUUCUUUUGUGAC